UACCAGAGAAGACGAUUGUGUUCUUAAAAACGCAUAAAACAGGAAGCUCCACACUUACAUCCAUACUUCAACGCUACGGAUACCUCAGAAAUCUCACCUUUGCUGUUCCAGAAAAAUCUCAUGUUAUUAGUCGUGGUUACUUUAUGAAAACACAGGUUGGUUCAGGCAAGUUUGAUAUGCUGGUAAAUCAUGUGAGAUUCAACAAACCUGAAAUGCAGAAAGUGAUGAAGCCAGGAGCCAAGUACAUCACCAUUUUACGAGAUCCAAGGACGCAACUUGAAUCCGUUUUUGGGUAUUUUUUGCUGUUUAAGAGUAUGAAUCUCAGAGAAGCUGAUGGUUUCGCUAAAUUUGUAUCCAAUCCUUAUUACUACUAUAAUAAAUGUUCUUCCAGCUACGCCAAUUAUCUACGAAAUCCAAAUUUAUAUGAUCUUGGUCUCCAACCUAAUCAACAGAAGAAUAAAACGCUUGUAAACUUAUUUAUUCAGCGUAUUUCCAGAGAUUUCGACUUGGUUUUGAUUAACGAAUAUUAUAAUGAAUCCUUAUUAUUACUGAAAAAAAUACUCUGUCUUUCAUUUGAGGAUAUAUUGUAUAUACCAAAGGGAAUUCGAAGUGAUAAGAGACGUUAUACAAUUUCAAAUAAUGCACGUGAAUCUAUCAAUAGGUGGUGUUGGGCAGACGCUUUACUUUAUGCUCAUUUCAACAAAACAUUCUGGGAAAGAGUGAGAGAUUAUGGUCCUAGCUUUCAGGAUGACCUGAGAUAUUUUGAACGCAAGUUGAAGGAUACGACAUUAAACUGUACGAUAGCCAACAAAACGCAUGAUGAUAUUAAACACCGCGGAAGUCACUAUAUUAUGAACCCAAAUGGUGAUAAGUAUUGUAGUCUACUAACGAAAUCAGACUCAAAAUUUACUGGCAUUAUUCGUGCAAGACAAACAAAGAAAACGAAAAAAAAUUAAAAACACGACCUAGUAGGCGUGAAC